CCGACCAGUAUUGGCUUUAAAUCAAAGUCAUUAGUAUCAGAAAAAGUCGGUUUGUUGCCGCUGAAUAUUUCAGUUAUUUGCCAAGAUGGCGGACGACCCAGACACUGAAAGCAGUUUGAGGCAUGCCAGCUCUAUUAUUGUGAAAACUGCAGAUGGAGAUCGCGAGAUACAGUUGCUGUUUGGGGAUAUUACCAAACUUUCGGUACAAGAGAAAGUAGACGUUAUAAUGGUGUCAGCGUUUCCAGGUGAUUAUAUCCCAUGCCAAAGAUCACUGAUAGGAGCUCUCAAACGCAACCUGGAUAUCAGCGUCAAACACCUGGCCAGAGAUAAAGAGGAAGAUCUGCGAGCUAAUUUCCACUGUUGGUGGUCAAAGUUGCUCCCGUCACACCUGCCAUACAGGAGAUUACUGUGUUUUGAGCGUACCAUGAAAAGUACGGGUCACCCGGCGGCGUUGGUUGGGGACGUCUUUAGAUGUCUGGUGGCCGUGUUUAACAACAAGGAAAGCACUGUGAUAGCUCCACUACUGGCAUCUGGAGUACAGAGCUUUGAUCCCAAAAUGAUGUUGAAAGCCAUGCUGGAUGCGGCUGUCAACUGGAUAAAGGCGGGACUACCCAUGUCCUGCCUGAAGCUGGUGGUAUUUGCCCACCGUCCUGACGAAAUUAACCUUGAGAAACAUGAACUGUGGAACGUAUUUGAGAGCAUGAAGAAGAAGUAUGAGACAGUUACGAUGAUGCCAGAGGAGCCCCAGAUCAGGUAUGACAUCUAUCUGUCCUACUCCAUAGAAGAUGAAGACAAAGUCAAGCAGAUAGAGGGAGUGCUGAAGGAAGAAAAGAAAGAUAUCCGUAUAUUUUCUCAGGUGCAGGCGCUCCGUGAGGACCAGGUUUGGCAGCAGGAGAUCUACGAGGUCAUGAUAACCUGUGUAAGAGUGGUGACAUUCUUGAGUCCAGCCUUUCUGGCAUCUCCAGAAUGUUUGGAGAAGUACAACCUGGCCGUCUGCUGCAACAGGAAGACAGCACGCCACCUGUUGGCUCCUUUCUACAUUGAGUCCAUACCAACCUUCCCCACGUACAUGUGCCUGGUGCAGUAUAUGGAUUUCAGCCUGGUGCAGUAUAUGGACUUCAGGACCAUUGACACCAAGCCUCAGAGUGUGGUCCAAGGCUGUAAAACAUUUGUCAGUCUCCUCUCAGCAAAGGAUAUCACAGGGCAGCAAAACCACCAGCAAGCCCAUACUAAUUACGAUUACGAUGUGUUCAUCUCCUAUUCCCACAAGAACACAGACAAAGCCAACUUUUUCUUGAACACCCUCACAAGACUGAAUCCUCAUCUGAGAAUAUUUUAUGACAGGAACGAACUAAAAGCCGGCACAUCAUGGCAGCAGAUGUUGUAUCACUCAGUGGAUGGGUCAAAGUGUGUCAUUGCUCUGUUCUCUCCCACCUACCUCAGCUCAGCCGUGUGUACAGAAGAGUACAACCUGGCCUUGUUAAAACAUAUGGGAGAGACAUUUGACGGCCAGCUGAUCCCUGUACUCAUUGAACCAGUUGGAGAGGUCCCAAAGACCCACAGUUCUGUAAAGGCAAUAGAUGCUAUGGGCGACGCUUUCCAAUCUGUUGCCGUAGCAAUAUGCAAAUCAGUUGUGUCAUGGCUAAAGACAGAGGAAAUGAAUGAUCUGGUCUUCAACAAAGUGCCAGUGUCACUUAAUGUUUCAAAGAUACUUGAGACGCGCAGACUGCACUACUUCAAGGAAAGACUAGAACUUUUUAACAAUCAAACAAAGGCUAAAUAUAAUGAGAAAAGUGAGCAACCACAGUCAGAUUCCAAAGAAAAUGUCCCACCUAAGGCAGAAAAAACAUCGCCUGAGGAUGCUACAGCUGUGGGGAUAGAUGUGGCGCUCAGUUAUACUGAAUCUGAGGAGCAAUAUGGGCAAGCAUUGAAAAAGAUGCUGCACCUGAAGGCGCCUUGGGUCAAGGUCAGUAAAAAGAGCCAAUCAAAAGCUGAAGGCAGUGCAAGUGCGGAACUGACAGCCAUUGACUCUGCCAAAGUCGUCGUAACCUUUUUAUCACCUUCUUAUCUCGAAUCCAGCAUCCAAGUGGAAGAACUCCAGCUUGCUUUGUUCCGUCAAAGAGCAGCCAAAGAAGCUCAUAUUCUAUAUCCGAUCCAUAUUUUACCAUUACCCAGGAAGCCAUGCUAUCUUCAUGUUGUGCCGUGUGAGCUUGCGCUGUACGAUUUACUUUGGCGAAACCAGCUUGAAAAGAAAAUGAAAAGGAAUGACUAUGGUAUGAUUGAUUGGGAUGCCUCUGUUCCGUACUUUGGCCUUGACCUUCAGACGGUGGAGAGAUACGUGAAGGGCAAGAACCCACUGAAGAGAGUCGCAGAUGAAGAAAUGCUGGCUCUUUCCCUGGCCUGUAAUGACAUUGUUGACACACUGUCACAAAAGAG